UUGGAUGGGAACGAAAUGGCCCUCUACUGGGAACUGGACUGGACCGGCGGAUGUGCAUGGCCCUGCAACUCUCUUGCUCGGCGCUCGCCCAGUCGUCCGUCUCUGACUCUCACACUCACACUACCUUACUUCCGCACCCGUACCCCCAGCGUGUGUCGUCCUCUCACGGCAAGUCGUCUUCUGAGUCCCGGUCUUUUCUGCCCUUGCUCCCUGACCCGACCCCCCAUUGGGUUGUUGUCUGCCGUCUUCCCUGGCGGGGAGUGCAGCGCCAUGCCAUGCCACGCCCUCCUACCUUUGCCUGCCCUGCCCCAUGUUGUGCUGUGUGUGCCUCUGCUCUGCUGUGCUUUGCGUUGCUGCACUUUGCUUCGUCGUCUUUGGUUCGCUCUGGUCCAAUCCAAUCCUGUUCGAGCAAAGCAAUCCAACCCGCCCUUUCUGCCCUGCAACGACAUGACUUUCCGGACAUGGAACAUGGUCCCGGUCAUGGGCUGGCUGCUGCUCUUUUGAUCGGAGGACGAAGAGGAGUAGCGGUAGUAAUAACUGGCUGGCUAGCAGUACCGUAAAGUAAAGACCGGCCGGUCCAACCCAGCCCCAGCCCCAGGCCCAGGCCCAGCCGUAUUGAUUGUCCAGUCUACCAACUCGGUCCCGUCUUGGUGCAUGGUUUCCCUCACUCUUUCUGCACAUGUACGUAUGUAUUGUAUUGUAUGCUCUUACUAGUUCCCCGUCCCGGUGCCAUUGCCCGGGCAUUCUGCGAGGGCUCCAUCAUCAGUGGUCUUGUCUUGUUCCAAGCCUGUCCUUCGUGAG